AUGAGCACUGACAAUACUGAUGAUCACAAAUUUGUGUCACCUGUCUCCAGGAAUGCUGAGAUAGCUGUCGAAAAAGACAAGACCGAAAACGAAAAUGCAGAGUCGAAGGCAGUAGCUGCGGCGAAAAAAGAAACUCCUGUGGCCGUUCGUACACGCCGACACUUCCAGAACGAACUUAACAUGAGCUCGCCAUCUGACGCACAGCUGUCGCCAUGCACGGCGAAACUGUUCGGGAAAGGGGGAAGAAAGAUGACGAGUGGGCCAACAGCGAUUCUCAGAAACAAACAGCACAGUGCAAUACCCUUCAACAUGAAUGACUAG